AUGAAACAAGACUGCAGUUUGAUCAAGGUUCAACCAAAAUCUCUUCAACUGAAGACAGUUAAAGCAAGGAAAGGACCCUUCUCCUUUCUGCCUUCUAAGUUGGUCCAGCAGCUUCAGGAGUUUUGUUACUUCCCUCAAAAUAAUCUAAGUGGACAAAGUAAAGAACCUUCCUACAGCCCAAAUGUCAUCAACCACUAUUUCUGUGAUAUUGCUCCAUUCUUAGCCGUAGCCUGUGCUGAUCUCCAUUCCAGUAGUUGUCUCCUUUUCAUCUUGGUUGGCACCGUAGGAGUGUCUAGUGGCCUGGCCAUCCUGUUCUCCUACGUUUACAUCCUCAUUGCCAUCUCGAGGAUUCUCCCUGCCACUAGGAGACAGAAAGCCUUCUCGACCUGUUCUUCCCACCUGACCACUGUCACCAUCUUGUGA